CAUCUGGAAGCACUGCUGCCAGCGGCCAAACUGCUGGCACUGUGCAGUUUAGACAUGACAGUGCAAACAUGAAAAAUAGUCGCAACCUGAUUAUAUUGGUUUUGUAUAUGCGAUUUUAGUUUAAAUGAUAAAUAAGUAAAUAAACGAAUAAGGGAUAAACACCGAUUCAUGUUAUUGUUCGCAACCAACGAUUGCAUCCCCCAACACAAUCCUACAAUCCAAGACAUCCACCGGAAGUGAGUUUCGGCACGUCUCGUUCGUGAGCGUAGCUAGUAUUCUAGCUGAACGUCUGACAGUAGACUUAUUUAAUAAAUGCGGACGAAACCACCCUGUAACCACUCGUUUUAAUUAAAUAACAGCUGUUAGCGAAUCGACUACUAAGUCGACCGACCAGAUGUAUAUUUUAAUAUGUGCUAGGGUUGGUAGGCUUAUUGGUUUGCUAGCCCGGUAGUGCUAGCCAACACCCGGCCUUAUGAGGCAAUCCAACUCGUGAAGAUUAGCUGCUGCCCGUAGCCAGUUAUCAACUGUAAACAAGUCUGAAUAACCUGGGGUUUGCAUCUAGCAGCAUAGAACAAUCCAACAAGAAUGUCAGAUGAUGCCAUCCUGCUGAAUGUACCUGUCAUUCAGCAGCUGUAUCACUGGGACUGUGGGUUGGCCUGCUCCAGGAUGGUUUUGAAGUACCUCCACCCUGUGAGUGAUGAGGAGUUUCAGGGUGCCUGCUGGGAGCUGAAACUGACAGAGAGUGUCUGGACAAUUGACUUGGCCUACCUCAUGUGCCAGCUAGGUGUCAGGCACCGCUUCUGCACACAGACAUUGGGUGUUGACAAGGGCUUCAGGAAUCAGUCCUUCUACAAAAAGCAUUUUGACACAGAGGAGGAUCGAGUGAACGAACUCUUUCUAAAGGCUGAGAGCAAGAAUGUGGUGGUGAAAAAAUGCUCUGUGACAGUUCAGGACAUCCAGGACCAUAUCCACCAGGGCCACGUGGCCAUAGUGCUGGUCAACGCUGUGGUUCUAGUGUGUGAACUCUGCUCCUCGCCUGUUAAGUACUGCUGUUUCCUCCCCGUGGGCCAGAAGUGCUUCUGCAGAAAACCAGAAUACCAGGGUCACUUUGUGGUCGUGUGCGGCUUUAACCAGAGCACCGGCUGCAUCUUCUACAACAACCCUGCAUACUCAGACCGUGUGUGUUGCACCAGCGUCAGUAAUUUCGAAGAGGCUCGACAGAGCUACGGGACGGAUGAGGACAUCCUGUUUGUCUUCAAGGAGAGCUGAUGGCUGGCGGACUACGGCGACGCAGACGUUCUGCGCACAUCCUCGCCACAACGACGCAUCAGCGGUUCCCCUGGUCCCUGGACCGGGACUUCUGGUUCCGGCUCAGGCACAGCGUUGUCGACGGCACCUGUACGGUCUUCUCCAGUGCCAACAUGGCUGACUGCUCACAGUAACACGCAACAACUCUCCAACCUCACCAGACGUGUAACCUCACAUUGCCCAAAGCUAGUCAUUUCAAGAAAUAACAGUGGAGGAGAUGCGCAAAGCAAGUGCAGUGUGUAGCAUGUUGGUCGGCACCCAAGCAGAUAGCUACAUAUAGUAGAAGAAAAUGUUUUAACUGUGUCCCCUUUUGUUUUAAUCCAAUUAGUAAAUUCCCCCAAUUGAUAUGUGCGAUGGUGAACAGUGCAAGACUUGAAAUGUUCAUCCUUAUGCUUAGAGGAAAAUAACACGCCAUAAUACUCAAGUUGUCUCUAUCAUUGGAGAGGAGGAAACAAUGCACAUGCAAGGGCUUAUGGCAAAAUAAGGCUUUCUCAAUGGUGUUGCCUGGUGUCAUGCUAAUCUGGGGUGGCUGAGGUGCUUUCUUCCUUUCUGAGCAGCCAUGUUGUAUUUUACUAAUAGUGACUUUUAUUCCGUUGGCUGAACUUCACUUAUUAUUUAGGAUUUAAUAACAGGGAAUAGAGGGCGAAUUUGUCUUUGAAAGACUCAGGUAUUCAAUGUCCAUGAAGUCUAAUGUGUUGUAUGAAAAUAGCAAACCCAUGUCACAAACUAAUUUUCUUAACACAGUACACCUCAAACCAUAGCCUGUGUGUGGAAUCAAAUCUGCAGUACUUUGCUCUUGUUGUGUGCACCAGUGGAGCUUAUUGGAGAGACUCUGUAGAAACUGUCAUCCGAAAACCUCAGUGCUGCACUGCAUGUCUCAAUCUCCAAGCUCAUUUAGUUUGAUAGAAAGGCGACAGUGUAAAGUCUGAAAUACUCCAUCGGUGGAUGGAUGCCUUGCAGGUUUUCUUUAGGUGUAUACUGUAGCUUAACACUACCGUAAAGUUUUAAAUGAAUUGGAUCAUAAGAUGUUUUCUGUUGAAAACAGCAAUCAAGUUGUUGCAAUGGCUAGAUUCUCACUCAACAUUUCUUUUACAUUUUGGUAUCAUGGAUGAUGUUAUUGCACUAUGGUUUUUGGACCAGCCAUAAUUAUGUAUUAUUUAAUUUUCAUUUUAACAUGAAAUGUCCCAGUCUUAAUGGGAAGACAAAUAUUUUUUCCUGGUGUAUUUUUGUUAUGAACAAAUAGAAUGUGUUAAAAUG